AUGUCGUUAGCUCUAAAAAGCAGCUGUGUAACGUUUUUUAACGAGGCCGAUCGAAACACGCUGAUGACAACUCCGCGUAUCACUGACAGAGUGGCGGAUUUCAUCAUCAGUUCUCGGCCGUUUAUGGAUUAUGAGGAUUUGGGUCUUGGGAAAACAAUUCAGGUGAUCGCUUUUUUGACUCACUUGAAAAGUCAGCAAAUCUUUGGGCCUCACCUAAUUGUUGUCCCCUCGUCAACAAUCGAAAAUUGGCUCAGUGAGUUCGCGAACUGGUCACCCGGAAUGAAAAUUAUCACAUAUUAUGGGAGCAUUGCCGAUAGACGCCAGUUACGACAUAUGGCUGCCGACAGAAAUGUUUGUUCUUUUUGCUUAUUUCAUUUGCUAGAGCAAAAAAUAUCACUCUGUAAUGUGCUGUUCGUUUGAGC